AUGGGGGUGUUGAGGACCACGCCUCGCAACUUCGGUCAGGCCCUCUCUGAGUCGGUGAACCUGUACCUCCAUCUCCUGCCAUCGUUCCUCCUGCUUCUGCGUUUCUUCAUUCCAACGCUUGCUCAGUGUCAUGGUGGAACCAAAGUGAUUGUGGGAGCGGGAGGAGAAAGAAGGAGCGACCUGUCCUACACCUGCCCCUCUGAACGAAUGCUGUGUAUGCGCCCUCUGCCUCCUCCGUCCGCCGUGGCAGAACCACCGCUGCUGAAAAUGCAGCUGAUGGUGACCCACAUCCCAUAG